UUUGACUGAAGCGGCGUCUCUCACAGCGGUGCUCUACGCGAGGAAACGUUAAAUAGAAAGUGGAAGAAUUAUCUUUCUUGGUUGACACAACAACGUACGCUUUUUUAUCGAAGGGUUGUUAGUUCCUUGCUCACGACAAAAUGUCUCGCAGGUAUGAUUCCCGGACAACCAUAUUUUCCCCUGAAGGUCGGUUGUAUCAGGUGGAAUACGCAAUGGAAGCAAUUGGCCACGCGGGAACCUGUCUUGGGAUUCUGGCAAACGAUGGAGUGCUGCUCGCAGCAGAGAGACGCAACAUCCACAAACUGUUGGAUGAGGUCUUUUUCUCUGAAAAGAUCUACAAGCUCAAUGAAGACAUGGCUUGCAGUGUCGCAGGGAUCACAUCAGAUGCUAAUGUACUGACAAAUGAACUUCGCCUAAUUGCGCAGAGAUAUUUAUUGCAGUACCAGGAGCCAAUCCCCUGUGAGCAGUUGGUGACAGCACUGUGUGACAUCAAGCAGGCCUACACUCAAUUUGGAGGCAAGAGGCCAUUUGGUGUCUCUCUCUUGUACAUGGGCUGGGACAAACACUAUGGCUUCCAGCUGUACCAAAGUGACCCAAGUGGUAACUAUGGAGGCUGGAAAGCAACAUGCAUCGGCAACAACAGCGCUGCCGCAGUGUCCAUGUUGAAGCAGGACUACAAAGAGGGAGAGAUGGCUCUGUCCUCGGCUUUGGCUCUGGCUGUCAAAGUUCUCAACAAAACUAUGGAUGUCAGCAAGCUUUCUGCAGAGAAAGUGGAGAUUGCCACCCUGACACGGGAGGAUGGCAAAACAAACAUCAAGGUGUUGAAACAAAAAGAGGUCGAAGAGCUGAUCAAGAGACACGAGGCUGAGGAGGCUAAGGCUGAGAAAGACAAAAAGGAGAAGGAGCAGAAAGAAAAGGAUAAAUAAACAAAUUCACACAUCUUUAUGUAGAUAACUGUUACUUUGUCUUUUACAUUAAAAGUUUGGAAAGUGGUGA